AUGUCUGACCCCCUCAAGGACAAGUCUGGAUUCCUAUGCAUGUACAUGUCUUCGCACCCGGAUACCCUAGUAGGGUACGCGAAGUACCAUGGCAAAGUAAAGGCUAGCGACUUGAUCUCGGCUAAGAUGGUGUCUAUCGACUCUAAGGGCAUGGACUUGACCUAUGUCACGAAAUCGAAUGCGACUCCGCAAUCUGUGCGCGUUCCAUUCGAUCCUCCGCUCGCAGGGUACGAGGAGGUCAAGCCGCGUCUACUAGCAAUGAAGGCAGAUGCAGAUGAAGCUCUAGGAGAGGGCAAGAUUCCCCAGAUCACGUCCUUCCAUCUUCCGCUGGAGGCCGUCUGGCAAACCGGGAUUGCCAUACUCCUCUUGCUAUACUGCACAUUCGCACCACUCGAUGACCCGGCGCCGUGGUGGAACCCUGCACGCUUCUUGCGUUCCACGAUCGCUCCAACAUGGGUUGUCAAAGGUGCAUGGGGUCUUGUGUUCGUCUUGCACUCUCUAGAGGGUGUAUAUACUGCGCAUAUGGCCCGCAAGCACAGGAUGCCUUUGGCGGUCGCGUUGGGGUAUGUUGCUGGCGUUACGGUGUUCGGGUUCCCUGUGCUACGGAGUCUGCGCCGUCGGAUUCAAGGCGCGCGGAUAGACGCGAUCAUGAAAGGAAACUAA